CUGAGGUGACAUCCCUUUCGCCUCACUUCGCUUCUCGCCACACAACGCACAUCGAGUCACCGUGUGUGGGCUCAAGUUAUGGACUCUGGGCCCUGGACCUACACCUCAUCUGUUGGUUCGGUGUAGUCCACCUGGAUAUGGAUGGAUAGAUGAGAUGCCGCAUCGAGGCAGGGCCCCUCUUGGGCCGAAAAACCUAGCGGCGUCCGAUCAAGUAAUCCCACGGCUCGGUUGUGCCGCUUCGAGGCGCCUUCCGUUCGGGAAACAAUGCAACCGACAAGAUUGCCGAUGUGAAGGACGGAAAUGGGAAACACGCGGCAUGCGUGCGGCAUCAAGACUGGACCCACAGGAACAUAACUCUAAGCCUUGCGCUGCAGAGAACAAUGGCUCCGGGAACGUUUUGACAGGCGACAGCUGAGAAAUACAAUGUUCUAUUGUAUCAUUCUUUCCCUUCCGUCUUCAAUGUAUUGCUUGAUUCGCG